CCCGAAUUCUGACGGCACGCGACAUUCUUGACGGAUUAUGAUUCCUUCUUCAUUGCCGGGGGACAUUGUUCCUCUCUCUCCUACCAUAGCCCGCAAUAACACAUUUCAUUUGGCCCAGCAUGUCCACCGCCGCUCGCUACCCACAUGAUCGUUUCCGCAACACGCAGGUCUCGGAUGACUCCUUCUGGGGUCGAUGGCGCACUGUUGCUCGAGAGGUGACGCUGCCGGUGCAGCUGAAGAUGCUGCGGGACACCGGCCGCUACGAUGCCUUCAAUCUCAAGCCCAUUGACUACUACAAGACGCCAUACACCGUGUGGCCUGUGCCCGAUUGGCUUUUCUGGGAAUCAGAUGUUGCAAAGUGGGUAGAAGGCACAUGCUACUUCCUCCAUACUCACCCCAACAAAGAGCUUAGAGGCCACGUAGACUACCUCGUCGACCUCAUCGAAGCAGCGCAGCAAAAGGACGGCUACCUCAACAUUCACUUCGUUGUGAACGAGCCCGACAAGCGCUGGUCUAACCUGCGAGACCUACACGAGCUCUACAAUGGCGGACACCUCAUCGAGGCAGCUCUCGCACAUCACCAGCUGACGGGCUCAGAGCAAUUCCUCAAUGUCAUGCUGCGCUUUGUCCACUACUGCGCUAGUGUCUUCGGGCCCGCGGAACAAGGAAAGAAGCCGGGAUAUCCUGGACACCCUGAGAUUGAGCUGGCCCUCCUACGCCUAUACGACCGCACAGGGGACCAGACCUCGUAUGACCUAGCUCGAUUCUUCAUCAACGAGCGUGGAAGUGACGGUGGCAAGUACUACGUCGAUGAGCAAGCGGCCCGAGGUGAGCAUCCACAGUUGGCACCGGCCAUGAUGCCAAAGAAGGGCUCCUACUGGUACAUGCAGGCACACGCUCUCAUCAAGGACCAAAAGACCAUCGAGGGACACUCCGUCAGGGCGGGCUAUCUGCUUACCGCUGUAGCAGACUUGGUAGAGAUGCAGCAGAAGGGCAAAGGCGGCGAGGAGACCCAGGACCUCCUCGUAGCUCUGUAUCGCUUAUGGAACAACAUGGUCACCGAGAAGAUGUACAUCACCGGCGGGACCGGAUCCAUCAAGCAAUGGGAAGGCUUCAGCGACAUUGGCUACUUCCUCCCGCAGGCCACUGACGAAGGCGGCUGUUACGCCGAGACCUGCAGUGCUAUUUCUGUCUUCAUGGUUGCUGAGCGCAUGCUCGCUCUGAAGCUCGACGGAACAGUGGCAGAUGUAGCGGAGCGGGCCCUGUACAAUGCCAGUGUCACUGCCGGCAUGUCAGCAGACGGUCACAGCUUUACAUAUGUCAACCAGCUCGCCAGUAGCCAGGCCGACUUCUGCGAGCGUCACUCCUGGUUCCAAUGCGCAUGCUGCCCACCCAAUGUAUUGAGGUCCUUGGGUAUCAUUGGAGGAUUCUUGUGGUCACCGGUUGGCCAAUCUGGAGACAUCGCUAUCCACCAAUACUUUGAUGGUGAGAUUGAACAUGGAGACACCAAGGUCAAGAUCACCACCAAAUAUCCGUGGAACGGCAAAGUUGUCAUCGACGUUACGGGUAGCAAGACAGUUCACGUCCGCAUUCCUGGUUGGGCAAGUGAGAAGUACACGGUUUCCCCACAGCCAGCCACGAAGCUCGCUGACGGCUACAUCGCGCUGAGCCAGGGGUCCACUACCUUGUCGCUCCCCCUCGAGCCGCGUCUGGUUGCUUCACAUCCUUACACUGGUCAGGACACUCUAACCCUCCUGUACGGACCGCUGGUCUACUGCCUGGAAGACGUGGACAAUGCUUGGGAAAGCAACCACUUCAAGGAUUUGUGUCUAUCGGCUGACCUGGAUCUCUCCUCGCUGAAGAUGGAGCAUCGCGAUAAGGAAGGCGUGACCUUCAUCCACGCACCAACGGCGGGCUAUCACCUUCAGCAGCUCCAAGUGGUGACUGCCGCUCCCCCAUCCCAGGGCAGCAAUGGCCAUGCAAAGUCUGCACAGGGAUCAGUAGUGUCGUUGGGCAUGAAUGACGUGGCGUCAAAGAGGAGUUACGAGGAGCUGGAAGGUCAGGGUAAGGAUUUGAUCUUCGUCCCAUACUACUACCGAGCCAACAGGAGGAAAGAAGGUGUGCAGAUGCGCACGUCGCUCAGAAGGAAGGUAUGAAGCGAUGGGACGAACGAGCCAGAGUCCUGUGGAAGGCAGGCACUGUAGUCUGUGUGUUUCGUACGUCAGCGAGUUACGUCUGACGUGGUUGAAUGUGAAUGUCAUGCUGCUCCGGCUCCGUUCUAUCGCCGUUGUCUGCGAGUGUGUUCCUUGUGCAGGCAG